AUGCGAUGUUCGGAAUCGGCCUCCGCCGAAAUCCCGGCGGCAAUCGCGGUCGGGGGAGGCCCCUGGGGCGCAGUGGGCGACACUGGCGGCAUGGCCUCGGGGGGAAGCGCAGGGGGAAGGGGAUCAAGUCCAGCAGUGGCGGCGGGACUAGGCGGAACGCAGGCGAUGCCUCCGCAUCUGGAUUUGCGCGGGGCUGCGAUUCAAACGUUUCCGCGGGACGCUGCUGGUGCGCAGACGACCAUUGUGCUCCCGAAUCAACGGUCGGAUGUGCUGCACUUCGCACUUGACAUUGGAGGCUCGCUCAUAAAGCUCUUUGAGACGUCGAGGAUCGCAGAGUGCAUCGAGUUCAUCAAGUCGAAGAGGCUCCACAGCUUUGAUAUUCUAGGAAUGGGUGGAGACGAGGAGAGUCUAUGGGGCUAUGGAGCCAGCUCGCCUCGCAUCAAGGCCACAGGGGGCGGGGCGUUCAAGUACGCGGAUCUGUUUAAGGAGAAGCUGGGCGUGGUGUUGGACAAGGAGGAUGAGAUGCGCUGCCUCGUGCUCGGCCUCAACUUCCUCCUGCGCUCCAUCCGAGAUGAGGCAUUCACACACCUGGAGGGCGAGAAGCAGUUUGUGGAGAUGCACAGCGGAAACAUCUUCCCCUACCUCCUUGUCAACAUCGGCUCGGGUGUCAGCAUUCUCAAGGUUGACGGGCCACAGCAGUAUGAGCGAGUGAGCGGCACCAACCUGGGGGGGGGCACCUUCUGGGGCCUGGGCAGCCUACUCACGGGAUGCAAGAGGUUCAAGGCCCACUCCAAAUCUUCUCUUUGUUCUGCACCUUUGCACAUCACAUUUGGCGUUCCUGGCUUUCACUCAGGAGGGGUUAGGGUAACAAAGCAAACCCGCUCGUCCUUGCUCUUGUCCCGUGUCUUGCUUCCUCACACCAUCCGCCCUUCCUCACACCAUCCGCCCUUCCUCACACCAUCCGCCCUUCCUCACACCAUCCGCCCUUCCUCACACCAUCCGCCCUUCCUCACACCAUCCGCCCUUCAUGCCACAACCAGUUUUGACAAGAUUCUGGAGCUGAGUCAGGAGGGCGACAACUCGGCUGUGGACAUGCUGGUGGGGGACAUCUAUGGCGGGCUUAACUACGAGAAGAUCGGCCUAUCGGCAUCUACCAUUGCCUCCAGUUUCGGGCGAGUGGUGGGCGAGCAGAAGCAGCUGUCAGACUACCGCCCGGAGGACAUCGCCCUCUCGCUGCUGCGCAUGGUGUCAUACAACAUCGGGCAGAUCGCCUACCUCAACGCGCUGCGCUACAACCUCAAGCGCAUCUUCUUUGGCGGGUUCUUCAUCCGCGGGCACGCCUACACCAUGGAUACAAUAUCCUUUGCCAUCAAGUUCUGGCUCUUCAAGUGCGGGCAUGCGUACACCAUGGACACCAUCUCCUUCGCCAUCAAGUUCUGGUCCAAGGGCGAGAAGCAGGCCAUGUUUCUGAGGCACGAGGGGUCCAAGGGCGAGAAGCAGGCCAUGUUUCUGAGGCACGAGGGGUACCUGGGAGCGCUGGGAGCCUUCCUAGCGCACGAGGAGGACGCCCACGCAGAGGGCCGCGGGCUCUCUCUCACGCCCGGCAUCGCCUCGCUCUCCUCGCUCACGCCGUCGCAGCUGGUGGAGCGCUUCCCCAUGGGCGCUCCCUUCUCCAAGGGGGAGAUCCGCGGGCCCGUGAUUCGCGGGCUCAAGGAGAAGGUCUCCUGGGUCGAGAAGUUUGUUCAGCGCUUCCCCAUGGGCGCUCCCUUCUCCAAAGGGGAGAUCCGAGGGCCCGUGAUUCGUGGGAUGAAGGAGGUCUCCUGGGUCGAGAAGUUUGUUCAGGUGAGUAGGGAAUGGGGCAUGGGCGAGGUGCUUUGGGCUGGUUGGACGGGAAUGGGGCAGCUGGUGAUGCGCUUCCCCAUGGGCGCUCCCUUUUCCAAGGGGGAGAUCAGAGGGGCUGUGAUACGUGGGUUGAAGGAGAAGGUGUCGUGGGUCGAGAAGUUUGUGCAGGUGGGUGGGGCGUGCAGGGCGCAGCACCGCGCCCACAACAACAACAGGCAAGCCGCCCACUACCACAGUGCUGAGGGGCUUUGCUUUGCGCGGCCCAGGGAGCAGGGCAGGGAGCUGCAAUCAGAUGAGUCGAGUGUUGAAGCAUCUCAAACCUCAUUCGUGAUUGAUGUGUGUGUGCAGGUGGGGAGUGACAUCACGGCGCCCACACCAACAGGCAAGCCGCCAACCACCACGGGCCUGGGAGGCUUUGCACGGCCAAGGGAGCAGGGCAGGGAGCUGCGGUCAGAUGAGUCGAGUCACCGCGCCCACAACAACAACAGGCAAGCCACCCACUACCACAGUGCUGAGGGGCUUUGCUUUGCGCGGCCCAGGGAGCAGGGCAGGGAGCUGCAAUCAGAUGAGUCGAGUGUUGAGGCGUCUCAAACCUCAUUCGUGAUUGAUGUGUGUGUGCAGGUGGGGAGUGACAUCACGGCGCCCACGCCAACAGGCAAGCCGCCAACCACCACGGGCCUGGGAGGCUUUGCACGGCCAAGGGAGCAGGGCAGGGAGCUGCGGUCAGAUGAGUCGGCGCUCAGUGUGGGAGUGCUGCACCUCGUGCCCUCACUUGAGGUCUUCCCCCUGCUGGCCGAUCCUGUCAGGUACUGUGGGCUCGCUUGCUGUGGGCUCGCUAGUGGGUCAUGCUGGGUGGGUGAUAGGGCGGGCAGGGAGCUGCGGUCAGAUGAGUCGGCGCUCAGUGUGGGAGUGCUGCACCUCGUGCCGUCACUUGAGGUUUCCCACUGCUCGCAGACCCUGUCAACUAUGAGCCCAACACAGUGGACCUCGCAGACUCGGAUGAGAGGGAGUGAGUGGCGCAUGGGGGGGAAUGAGGGAGGGAGUGAGUGGCGCAUGGGGGGGAAUGAGGGAGGGAGUGAGUGGCGCAUGGGGGGGAAUGAGGGAGGGAGUGAGUGGCGCAUGGGGGGGAAUGAGGGAGGGAGUGAGUGGGACACAGCGGAGAAAGAGGGAGGGGAAGAGCGGGAAUGA